AAGUUGCGUUUGACAGUCUGUUGUGACUUCCGUUCUCGGAGGUGACCCGUGUGUCCGCAGAUCAUGGCUGCUCAUCUGCUGAGACGGUACCGGGGAGACCCUGAGCCUGAUCCGAAUCAUAUUCCCGGGCCUGAGCCUGGGGAGCGCAGUAAGGAGAGAGUAAUGGUUGCCUCUCAGGAGCAGAUGAAUCUGGCACAGCUGCCUUUGGAGCAGAGAGAUUACUGUGCACACCACCUUAUCAAGCUUAUGAAGUGUAAGAGAGACAUGUGGCCUAACUUCCUGGCUUGUAAACAUGAACGCCAUGAGUGGGACUUGUGCCAGCACCAAGAGACUGAGGAGUACCAGAAAACUUCAGUUGGGGGGAACGGUUUGCAGAUUAGGCUGCAAUAAGUUAUGUGCAGCGGAUGAAGCAAUAUGAACGUGAACGUCGUCUUUUGUUGAGGAGGAGUAAACCAGAACAUUUGGAAGCAGCUUGACCUAUGUAAUGCGUGUGACCCAUUCUUCUGUUUGUCUUUUUGCUGCCUGCAAUAAAGUUUCCUUUUGCCCUCA